UUUUUUUUUUUUUCUUAAAUAUACAUGCAUGUUUUUGUAUUUAUAUAUACACACAUAUAUUAAGUAAACAAAAACUUUUAUUUUGAAUGCGAUUAAGCACGGUUAACGGUUUGGAAACAUGAGUUCAAACUAAAUCAAAGUUUCCCACUUGGCUUUGGAUGUUAAUUUGAUGGACAAUCCUUUAAUUAUUCUUUUGAGUUCUCGGAAAAACUACACAGAAUGAGUGCCAUUUUUUUCUCCCUUUCUUUCUUUUUCGGGUUCAGCUAAACAUGAUUAGAAGAUCCGGGCCAAACAAUCUAUUUACCCACAAAUUUCACGUCUAACAAACGAAAGGUCAGAUGAUUGUAAUUGAUUCAAGAGUCUGCCUUAUUAAUCUUUUUAUACUUAUUCGUUUUUUUUUUUUUAAUUCACCUGAAACAUUCAGCAUCGCCUUUUAGGCCAAGUGUUAAAUUUGUCGAAAGGAUCGUUUUUGCUUUUGCUCCCGUGUGAAAAAUCUAUUUUGUUGAUCGUGUAAAAUAAAGAAGGCUUGCAGCUCGGUUAUUUCCAUUCUUUCCUAAGUGUCCGCCUUUACACAGCAGAGGCGUUUGCUGAGCUCAUGUGUUUUGUGAUUGGUCACAGAGGUCAAACUGUCGGCGCAUGCUUGGUGUUAUUUACCUUUAAAGUCACCCAUCCGGGUAAAAAACCACUAUUGUCUGUUGCUGUGAGCAUUUCUGCUGCGAUCAGAAACAUGUUCAGUAAUACGUGCAUUUAAUGCAUUUCGUUCCGUUAGUAUUAGCUGAGGUAUGACUGAAGCAAACGAUCGUUUGCAAAAGCACCGGUGACGUCCUGGAAGUAAAGAGCGGCAUCUCCACAAAAAAAAAAUUAUUUAGCCGUUUGUAACGCUGCAAUUACGGACCCUAAUUGUUUAAUUGUUUUAAAGCCUAUCGUUUAUUGGCAGUGGUUUUAAUGCCGGUGCUUUUUGAGUCCCUACCGAGGACUUCAUAUAUUGUAAAGUAUUUUCGAUUGUUCUCUUUUCCACCGACGCCGUUUAAUCAGCAGCAAAUUUAGGCUUUAGGAAAAGGUUAAAGCAGCAUCAAGCGUUUCGUGUGCGGGGCGCAUCCUCUCUGAUUUUCUCCUGCUGCAGGUGAUUUCCUAUUACAGACACAGACUGCUGCCCUCCUGAGAUGCACGCACACAAAAAAGAGCUUUCGGCAUUCUCCAUUUUUUUUUUUUUUUUUGCAUCAACGAUAGUUUUCCCCCCCGCUUCGAAUGAUCAUUUAUACAACGUGCAUACAUUUCUUAUCAUGCUAGCGAUGAAUCUUUCAUCACGUGAAGCUAAAACAGUGGUGGUAUCUGUAUGAAAUAAGAAUGCCUCGUUGCUUUUUAUUCAAUGGGAUUUAUUCCCGUAACUAUUUAUUUCUGUGUCCCUCUAAAUACUGUCCUUUUGGUGAAACCCUAAGAAAUUAGGACCGUAAUGACUGCCUUCAAUUAUAAACGGCGUUUUAUUUAAUAUGCCUUCGAGCACGUGUGUGUUAUUUGUAUUUAUGAGGAGGUAUUUGCAUGUUUAAAUAUGAACUGUUGGAUAUUGUAGGUGAUUAAUGCUUGUUUUGAUGAAAAAAAAAUUGCUUUUAGAUGUUUUCUUGCGCAUAGAUAGAUAGAUAGAUAGAUAGAUAGAUAGAUAGAUAGAUAGAUAGAUAGAUAGAUAGAUAGAUAGAUAGAUAGAUAGAUAGAUAGUGAACUUUAAAUGCAAAUAUUAUUCAUAGUGCGUUACGGGUCAGGGGUCAGCAUUUCUAACAAAUCGUGAUUUCACAUGGAGCGGCCGCUGGUGAAUGGGAUCCAAUGGGAAAAUCCUGUCUGGUCCUUCGGUGUCCAAUGAGCUGAGCUCAGGGGGAGGGUCCGUGCGUCGCUCAGACAGAAAGAGACUUCAACAAACUCUCCUCCAAACAAGAUCCUUCUGGAUACAAAGAUGCCAUGUUUCCCGCGUCUGCUGCGGAAUUCGGCGUGAACUGACGGCUCUGGACGUCCGUCGUUGUGGAGUUAUGAACUUGUGAAGAUCACGCGACUCUGCGGCGUGGCGCGCGAUACGAGGAAUAUUACGCGCAUCUGAUGGACCUCAGGAAGAGAUUCUGGGCCCGAGUGGAUUUCACGUGCGUAAGAUAAGACUCGCGGCGGAUGAGCCAGACUGAUCGUGAUCAUGAAGCUCUGUUCGUCUCGCGUCCGCUCGUAAGACACCCCCGUGAACUGCUGGGAAGAGGCGAUGGCAGGAACGCGCCCGGGACGUCUCUGAAACCUUCCCAUGUUGGUGAAACUGCCGGAGACCUCGCGCGUGCGGUUGACUUUUGCGUCGUGGAGAGAUUGAAGCGAACGGCGGAAGGGUCCGAGACACCUGUCAGUGACGGAAGAGCAUGAAGGAGAAGUCGAAGAACGCGGCGCGGACGCGGAGGGAGAAGGAGAACAGCGAGUUCUACGAGCUGGCCAAACUGCUGCCUCUGCCCUCGGCCAUCACCUCGCAGCUGGACAAAGCGUCCAUCAUCAGGCUCACCACCAGCUACCUGAAGAUGAGGAUAGUCUUCCCGGAAGGUCUUGGGGAAUCUUGGGGCCACGUGAGUCGAGCGAGUUCUCUGGAUAAUGUGGGCCGAGAGUUAGGAUCACAUCUGCUUCAGACUUUGGAUGGCUUCAUUUUUGUGGUAGCUCCUGACGGAAAAAUCAUGUACAUUUCUGAAACGGCAUCAGUGCAUUUAGGGUUGUCACAGGUAGAGCUGACGGGGAACAGCAUUUAUGAAUACAUCCACCCCGCAGACCACGACGAGAUGACCGCGGUCCUGACGGCCCACCAGCCGUAUCACUCACACUUCGUCCACGAAUAUGAAAUGGAAAGAUCUUUUUUCCUGAGAAUGAAAUGCGUCCUUGCUAAAAGAAACGCUGGCUUGACGUGUGGCGGUUACAAGGUAAUUCACUGCAGCGGCUAUCUGAAGAUCCGUCAGUACAGCUUAGACAUGUCUCCGUUUGACGGCUGUUAUCAGAACGUGGGUCUGGUGGCUGUCGGUCACUCUCUCCCCCCCAGCGCAGUGACCGAGAUCAAGCUCCACAGCAAUAUGUUCAUGUUCAGAGCCAGCCUGGACAUGAAACUCAUUUUCCUGGACUCCAGGGUUGCGGAGCUCACUGGCUACGAGCCGCAAGACUUAAUAGAGAAGACACUUUAUCAUCACGUCCACAGCUGUGACACUUUCCAUCUCCGCUGCGCGCACCACUUGUGUGAGUUAGUGCUGGUAAAAGGACAAGUCACCACCAAAUACUACCGAUUCCUGGCUAAGCAGGGUGGAUGGGUCUGGGUACAGAGUUAUGCUACUAUCGUACACAACAGCAGAUCAUCUAGACCGCACUGCAUCGUCAGCGUCAACUACGUCCUCACGGACACGGAAUACAAAGGACUACAGUUGUCCCUAGAUCAAGUGACGUCCACUAAGCCCUCGUUCACCUACAACAGCCCUUCUAACCCCAUCAACGAGAACAGAAGAGUUGGCAAAAGCAGAGUCACCCGUACCAAGACCAAAACAAGACUAUCUCCCUAUUCACAGUACCCGGGUUUUCCUACGGAUCGCUCAGAGUCGGAUCAGGAUAGCCCAUGGGGAGGGAGCCCACUGACUGACUCUGCGUCUCCUCAGCUUCUGGAGCAGUGUGAAGGCAUAGAGUCCUCAUGCGUGUACCGGCAGUUCUCGGAACCACGGCCGCUCUGCUAUGGCCUACAGCUGACAGAUGAUCACCAUACCUCCAGCGACCUCUACGGCCACACUCACACCGAGUCCUGCGAGAGAGGUCGCUGUAAGGCUGGCCGAUACUUCCUGGGCACCCCUCAGCCCGGGCGAGAGGCGUGGUGGGGUGCAGCCCGCUCUGUCCUUCCGCUACCCAAGUCCUCUUCCGAGAAUGGAGACAGUUUUGAAAGUGUAAUGCCCCACAUCACCUCCAUCCAUAGCCUGCAAGCAAGGGGUCACUGGGAUGAGGACAGCAUGGUCAGCUCACCUGACACGAGUGAUUCAGGUGACCGAUACCGUGGCGACCAAUGCCGCGCAAGUCCUCAAGAACCCAGCAAGAUUGAGACGUUGAUUCGAGCCACACAACAGAUGAUCAAAGAGGAGGAAAGUCGUCUGCAGUUGAGAAAGGCUCCGACAGAAAUACCUUUGGAGUCUACAAAUGGUCUGGCCAAGAGCCACGGCUCGUCGUUUCACAGUACCGACUUUCCUCAGCCAGCAUUGCAGAGCGUGGUGUGUAGGGGGCCGGCUCAGGUUAUAAGCCCCGCCCCUAGCCCUGUUCCUCUCUCCCGUCUCAGCAGCCCCAUCCCUGACAGACUGGGUAAAAGUAAAGACUUCCUGCAAAGCGAGCUCUCCUCUUCUCAGCAGCACCAGCAGCCGCUGCCCCUGACGGGCACAUGUGCUGUCUCUCCGACUCCAGCGCUAUACCCCUCACACCCCCGCCAAUACCUGGAAAAACACACAGCCUACUCACUCACCAGCUACGCACUAGAACAUCUGUACGAGGCAGACAGCUUUAGAGGAUACUCCCUGGGUUGCUCGGGUUCCUCCCAUUACGACAUGGCCACUCAUCUACGCAUGCAGGCUGAACAAGCACCGGGCCAUAAAGGCACCUCCGUCAUUAUCACCAACGGCAGCUGAUGCUUAUCAAAUCACGAACCGACACUCAGUGCUUCACCCUCUCACUCCAGCUAGCCUAGGAUUUCUGAUUAGAAUUUUUUCGUUCCUACGAAUUCUGCAAACACUUUUUAAUUCUGAAUUGUUUUCUAGUAAAAAAAAAAAAGUAAACGUCCUUAAAGCUUUUUUUUUUAAAGGUUUAUGCUUAAGCAGAAAAAAAGCUAAACGAAAUUAAAUAAAUCUUAUAUUAUGCAAUUGUGUAUAAGUGAAUUGAUCUAAUUUUAAGGAUGUUUAGAUAUUUUUACUGGAAAACAAGAUGAAAAUACUAAUUAAUUACACUUUUGCAGUGUGUUAAGGGAUGUGAGUUGAUGUCUAUGAGAGGGACAUUUGUUCAUCUGUUCACAGAGAAGGGAUUCCAUGUGAGAGUUUGUUUGUCAAAUACUUUCUAUACCCGGAUGCUACUUUUUUUAACCACUAUUAUAAGCUGCUUGAAUAAAUUGGAAUUGUUCGAAUUUCUCAAAAUAAGAGAUUUCAUGAGAACCGUGAUCUCGUGACAGCACAUUGACACGAUGGUUCAACAAUCUACACCGUAAAUGUAUUUAAAUAAUUUUAUUUUCUGUAGUUCACAUUUGGAUUUGGGUCACAAUACUUUGUGGUUAACUUACAUGUAAAUUAAAUACGUGGGAUGUUUUUUUUUUCUUGUUUUUCUAUAUCCAUGACCUCAUAUUCCAUCCAGGUUUUAGUCACUUGCCCUGUGUACAUGAGACACAGCCUGUUUUUAACCAGUCCAUCUGCGGCACUGGGGAAAAUACAUCUUAAUAUUAAAAGAAACGUUGAGUAGCAUGCUGAUGUACCAGAGAUGAACAACUACGUCUAAUCCAAAACGCAGCUUUAAUUUAUAAUUGUUUAAGGUUAUUGUAGGAUUGAAUUUUAGCUCAUUUGUGUACUGGGAUACUUUUUGCAGUUGCAUAUGCCGUCCAUCUGUGUUUGGACCCGAUUCAGUCAAAGGCUUGAAGAUUCAAUUCGAGACUUAUUUUUUUAAAAGAAGAAAACGGAGUUGAGUCCCUCCGCAAGCCUCUAACGUGUCAGCCUUUAAAAGUGAAAACCGAGAUUAUGCAAUUAUGAAACACACCUGAUUUUAUUCAAACGAACGGAAUGAUAGAAAUGGACUAAACGGCGACUCUUGCGCUGGUUUGAUUAGAAGGUCUGGAAAUGUUUUUUUGGCCGGAUGAGUGAUUGACUGCUGCGGUGCUCGAAGGCUUCGAGUCGAGCUGCUGUUUGGUGUUUUGAGGUUCCACACUGGAGGAGUCCAAAGUCUGAUACGGACGCUAAAAGGGGAAUUUUCUGACAGACUCUACCCCGUACCUCACUCUUAUCUUCAUGUAUUUAUAAGAAACUGGCUCUGUUUGGAAAGCUGUUUUUCUCUGAGUGAAAGAAACUCUGAAAAAAAAAAAAAUAUUUAUGAUGUACAUACUCAAAAUACACCACCGCCCCUCCCCCUCACCCACACCAAAUAAAAUGAUGCAAAAGUUGCAAAAUGUAUUUAUUAUGUGAAUGAAAAAUGUCUUUUGUUUCAGAAUAUCGCAGUGUGUAUUUAUUUACAAUUUUUCAGUUCUGCGUCUAAAUGAAGUGCCAUUGUUUCCCUUCAUGCGUCUACUAUUUCUAAACACGCAAUGAGAAAUAUUUGAGUCGGUUUCGUAUUGCAGCAAAACUGUUUAGAAUAGCAUAUUUCAAAAUUGGUUCUGCGUUUGCUUUAAUCUUGACAUUGUUCAUCCGGCGAGACCUUGGAGAACUCAGGUGAAAAUGAUCUUGAAAUAACAAAUAUAUCCCUAAUUUGAUCAUUAUUCAUGUUUAAUAUGAUAUUUCAUACUCGCUUGAGAAAUGAAUAAAUGAUUGCAGAUAUGCUCGUUCA